AUGGUGCGCCAGGUCUAUCGCAGUCGCGGUGAGGGUGGCUACGCGUUACGGCAGUGCGAGACCGCGCCACAGUUGAGCCAUAAUGCGAGCAUUGAAGCGCAGGAGCUCAAGGAGGCUCGCCUCAUGGACCUGCACGGUCGUAUGGUGGAGGUGUACCAGCGCGUGAACAACUGCUUCUCGUCGUCCUUCGCGCUGAACCACUGCGAGUCGCUGACGUUCGAUGUGGAGGAGUACCGCGCUCGCAGUGCGCACCUCAUGUCGCACCUGCCGUGCUUCGAGGAGAUGCAGGGCAUGAACCAGGUGGCGGGUCUGUGGAGCGACCUUUUCCAAACGGAGCUUUCGCUGUUGUCGAACGCUCUGCUCCUCGACAAGAACAUCGCAGUCGCGAAACGCAUGAAGCACCACUACCUGACCCGUGACCACCCGCCGCCGUCGGCAUCGCAGCGACUCCAGGCUUCGCCGGCCCUGAUGGAGGUGCAGGCAGCGGCGCUCGAGCACACGCCCGUGACCGAGGACUCCCCGGUGGAGCCCGCGUUGCUGUCUGUGGUGAACAACCUGGUGACCUUCAACGAGCGUCUGUGCAAGGACUGCGCGGAGGACCGCGCGUACUACGACAAGCUUCGCGACGGCCUGAUCCUCAUCCGGGAGGCGGACCUGUUGCGGCGGUCGCCGAUCGCCGUGCGUGACCGCAGCAAGGCGCUGCCGUUUCUUAAAAAGCUGUGCCAGUCGUUCGACACCGACCGGUGCACGUUGAACCUGUCGAUGCUGUUCUUCGACUUUUACCUGGACACGGUGCUGGCCCGCGACGACUUUCAGGACACCGACGACGACAGCAGGGUGCUGCGCAUCGCCACUGCGGCCUACCUGCUGGCCUGCGCGCUGCGCGAGCACUGGACCGACAUCUCCAGCGACUCUUAUCUGGAGCGCGCCGCCCACAUGGUGUCCGGCGCCUUCACCACGCAGGACAUCAUGGCGACUCAGCUGGACAUUUUGCAGAGCAUGCCGCGCGGCUUCACUAUGACCUACACGGCGAUGGAGUACGGCAUUUUCUUUUUGGCGAACAUCAGGGGGACGUACAAGGCGCCGCGCACCCGAGCGAACAAGCCCGGCAGCCCGCCCAGCAGCUCCCGGGCGUUCAACCCCAUGAUGAGGACCAGGAGCGGCAACGACGCCACCUCCGCGUACAUAAGGGACUACCGCCUGCGUCGUGCGCGUAACUCGCCGAACGACUCCGACGCCACCAUGCCGUCGGGGAGCUCCAGCGAGCGCGGCGACGGGCUCCGCCGGCCGUCAAUGGAAGGCUUAGGCGGCGCGUACGGCAUCAAUCGCAGCAGCAGCGCUUCGUUCCGCCAACACAUGGAUCGUAUGAGCUCCCUUCCCGUGGUUGAGGUGGAGCCCAGCGUGCCCCCCGCGCCGCAGGGCAUGGAGCGUUCCGUCGCGCUGCGGGACUACCUGCUGCUGGAGAUGGCGUUCCGCUACAUGGUGGAGAACGGCGGCUUCGUGUUCGUGUACCACUGCCUGAUAAAGUGGGACGACAUGUACAUCGCUCGCAACUGGAACCUCUUCAUCCCGCCCAGCCGCGUGGCUGCGGUGCUGAUUUUCCACUUUUUCGUUGAGUUCUGCGGCGUGGACUACCGUAAGGACGUGGUGUGGUGCCGGCGUUUCUGCUUCCGCGUGUUCCGGAUGCUGUACGACUGCGACGUGGCGCUGUGGUACCACAUGUUCCACGAGAGCAUCCGCAAGUGGACGAACAGCGUGUCGCAGUCGUCCACUCGCAUGGGCGAGAUGGCCCUUUUGUUCGAGCUGUCCGGCCAGAAGUUCCGCGCUGCUGAGGCGGCCCUGCACACCUUCUGGUCCAAGCUGCUGUUCCACUACGCGGAGCGCGGCGGCGAGCUGCCCGGCCUCGAGCACGUGUCGCUCAAGAACGCGUUUCCCGCCGUGUACCGUCUGGUAGCUCACCAGUGA